AUACUCUUCAAAUCGAUUGCCUCAACGUUGAAGCUGUAAUGAUCAAAAUUUCCCUUUCUGUUCAUAAAUUGAUCCUUUUUAUCAUUGAUUGCAAUCUAUUUGGUAUAACAGAGCGUUAUAAUGUAGUAAGUCCAUCGUAGCUGUUUCUUAUUACCAUAUUCAUCUAGAUAGUACAUUGACCCUUCACCCGGACACCUGUUGAUGAAUUGACACUUCCUGACAGUUUAGGUCACACCUACCUAUUUCUGAUGUGGAGUUCAUGAGUAAUAGUGUUCAGUACAACAGAAAAGUAAUGGAUGACUUAGAUGCACUUCUAGCUGACCUGCAGUCAACAACUGCCCACAUCUCAUACAACAACUCUGGGCCUCCUCCUGCUCGUCCGGCUACCCAGGUCAGCCCUGCCCCCAAGCUCGGAAACCAGCCAGAGCCCGGUGGGCGUGUCAGCGAGACUCCACCCCCUCUACCACCACCCCCUCAAGACCUACCAGAUGCCAUUCCACCACCUCACCAGUUUGAUGAUCAGCAGCAGCCGCUGUACGAGGUACAGCAAGUGAGACGUGAGGGGUACCAGCCCCACCGUGGGUCCACUUCCUCCCAGGGCUCCUCCCAGGGGUCACAGGGCAACAUUCCUUACAGAGACACAUCCCAACACUACCAGCAACAACAACAGGGUCGUCCAAGCUCACAUAGUUCUAGGGGUUCAGGAGACGGCCAGUACAAUUGGCGAGAGCCUGCUGGACCGCCCCAAUCCAGCUACUCGCCUGGACCGCACCAGUCCAGCUACUCGCCUGGACCGCAUCAGUCCGGCUAUCAACAAGCCCAGCCCGGCUACCAGCCGGGCCCACCCCAGCCUGGCUAUCAGCCAGCCCCGCCUCAAACCAGUUACCAACAAGCCCAACCCCAACCAGGCUACCAGUCAGCCCCACCCCAACAAGGAUAUCAGCAAGCUCCACCCCAGCCAGACAUGUCUGCUAUCAGUAACAACCUGUCAGAGCUGGACCAGCUCCUCUCUGACCUCAACUCUGCACAGUUCAUGGCUGAGGUCGACAAGAAAUCUGACCAACCUGACAUGAAGCAGCCGCCCCCUGUUGCCCCUAAGCCAGGUCGUGGAGGGGGUGGGACAUCAGUGGACAGCCUGCUUGACCAGCUUGAGACCUCUGUACCCCCAGCACAGCCACAUUACCCAGGGCCGGGUAGCCCUGUGAGUUAUGGUGGGCAGCAGGUCCAAUACCGAGAUCACAAGCCUGUCAGCCAGACCAGCAGUGCUGCCACACAGGAGCUCGACACUCUCAUGGCAACACUCUCCGAUUUCAAGAUGAAGGAUAAGGCAGGAGGAGGGCCCCAGCGUCGCUCCCCCUCCCCCGGCAGUGAACCCUCAUAUGCCAAACCCCAGAAGAGCCGUAACCUAUCUCAGUCUAGCAGUGCCAACACAAGCAUGCAGAGUUCUGGCCCAGGUACGGGGACAAUGUCUAGUGGGUCAGCGGGUGGACAGCUUGAGAGCAUGUUGGGAGACUUGCAGUCUGACCUGAGCAAGCAGGGCGUCAACACCAAGUCGAAGGGCCUCUGUGCUGCCUGCAACCAGCCCGUUGUCGGACAGGUGAUCACAGCUUUAGGGAAGAUCUGGCACAUCGAGCACUUCACAUGCGCCCAAUGUCACGAGACGCUAGGCACCAAGAAUUUCUACGAGCGCGAUGGUGUCGCCUACUGCGAGAGAGACUAUCACUCCCUGUUUGCUCCGAGAUGUGCAUACUGCAAUGGCCCCAUUGUUGAUAAAUGUGUGACAGCAUUGAACGCGACAUGGCAUCCGGAGCAUUUCUUCUGUGGUCAAUGCGGCCGGCCGUUCGGGGACGAGGGCUUCCAUGAAAAGGAUGGCAAGGCCUACUGCAGGGCUGACUUCUUUGAGCUGUUUGCGCCCAAGUGUGGUGGGUGUGGGCGAGCCAUUGUUGACAACUACAUCUCUGGGCUCAACAGACACUGGCACCCAGAGUGUUUUGCCUGCUGGGAGUGUCACCAGCCUUUUAAUGGUGGCAGUUUCUUUGACUACGAAGGCCUGCCAUACUGCGAGAACCACUACCACUUAAAACGGGGCUCGCUGUGUGCGGGCUGCUCCAAGCCCAUCACUGGAAGAUGCAUCACAGCCAUGUACAAGAAGUUCCACCCGGAGCAUUUUGUCUGUGCUUUCUGCCUCAAACAGCUGAAUAAAGGAACUUUUAAGGAACAAAAUGACAGGCCAUAUUGUCAUCCCUGUUUUGUUAAGUUAUUUGGUUAGGUAGAUGUGUACAUAGUUAUAGAAUUUUAUGAGAAGUUUGUUUUCUUGUUUUGAUGUGAUAGAAAAGUACUAUUUGCAAGCAUACUUAUGCAAUUUUACUUUGUUAAACAAAGAACCACUUACAGUAGUAACCAUUUCAAUUAAUUGAAAGAUUUACAAGAACUGUUCUCUUUACAUGAUUUAGUGUUUUCUUCUAUUGAUAUGAAAGGUAUAAAGUUAUCUGCAUCACAGCACUUUAUAGCAUUAUCUUGUCUGGUGUCUUUUCUAAUCAUGUUCCUAAGGUGUUUAUAUGUCUGGCCUAGAACAUCAACAUCAAUAUAUUGAUAUGACCUGUAUUUCUGGGAAGAGUUCACACAUUCUAUGUGACAGUGAUGAAAGAAGAUAAGAUUGUGGUUGUCUUAGUGAAACGGCUGAUGAAAGUUUCUUUUUUUUAAUAAUUGGCUGACCUGUAUACAUUGGUGGUUUGAUUGAUAAGUGGGAUCAUAGUACAAUGUCAGACCUAGCCAUUCAAUAAACCUAUAACUGAGAAGUAAGAAGGCUUAUCAUUAGAUUGUUCUAUUGUUAAUUGUGUGUACAGUAUGAACAAGAUGAAUGCAACUAUUUAUGGAAAAAAAUCAUAUUUAAAUAAAACAAUGGCUUUUGACUUAUAUAGUAUAGUAUUUCUUACAUUGUAAUGUUUUUGAUAAUCUCAUAUCCCACUUAAGUACAUGUUUUUAUAAUAUCUGUCACUUAUCUAUUUUCAUACUUUAUUUUAUGCGUAUACAAAAUCUCACUUGUAUUUGUUAUGAUUUCUUUGUAAUUGCAUCUUUAUACUCGGACAUGUAAUAUUGACAGUUCAUAUUUUACACAAUCUACAUUGUAUGACCACAUAAAGCACUGUUAACCUUUGGACCAGUCGGUGGUCUGCCUACAUGUAUCUGACAAUGACUUUCUCAGGUUUCCAGCCAGCAUAAUUCCUCAUAUUGUCCUCACACGCUGUUCAAUCUAGAGUAUACUCGCCUGUUUUCUCAACAGUUAUGCCAAGUUUUUUUGGAUUUCAGUCUUCUCUUACAUACAUGUAUUAAUUGUUUACAGCAAUUAUGAUCAUACUUCAGAGUAAUUUUUUGGUCAAGUUUUUCAACAGAUCAACAUUAAACAGUUCUUCAAGUACAUUCAAGACUUUAAUUGCAGCAUUGUUAUUAUUUUUAAGAAAUGUAAAGAUAGGAUUUUCUUAUUUGUUAUAUAAUUAUUUAAAUAUGUAUUUCUUUACACAGCUUGAUUAUAUAUGAGCAAUAAAUUUAUUAAGCUAA